CAAGAAUUUCUCCAAAUCUCGUACCAAUUUCUCACACAUUUGUUUUUCAUCAAUGGCAGACUCUAUUCUCUUCAAUCUUGCUGGAACCCUUAUAACAAAAUUGGGCUCUUACGCCCUCCAAGAACUUGGACUGCUCUUGGGUGUCAACGAUGAGCUUGAGAAGCUCAAAGACACCGUUUCUGCCAUUGAAGCCGUGCUUCUCGAUGCAGAGGAGCAGCCAUCCAAGAGCCAUGCACUGAAGGAUUGGCUUUCAAAGCUUAAGGAUGUUUUCUACGAGAUUGAUGACCUGAUCGAUGAGUUCGAAUAUGAAGCUUUGAGAAGACAAGUUAUGACGAGAAAUAGAACAAAAACCAAACAGGUCCGUAUAUUCUUCUCCAAAUCUAAUCAGAUUGCGUUUAGUCACAAGAUGGUUGGGAAAAUUAAGGAAAUCAGGGAGAGGCUAAAAGUUAUUAAUGAUGAUAGAACUCAAUUCCACCUAUCUGAGCGUGUGAUAAAUAAUCCAACGGUUGGUAAUGCCUUGAGGAAUAUACGUGACCCCGGCGAUUAUAUACUUGAAGAGGAGGUGAUCGGUAGAAAUGAUGACAAGAAAGUAAUCAUAGAUCUUCAAUUAAGUUCCAACACUAGAGAAAAUAUUGCUGUUGUUGCUACAGUUGGAAUGGGAGGAUUAGGAAAGACUACCCUUGCUCAAUCUGUCUAUAACGAUAAGAUGAUGGCAAAACAUUUUGAAUUGAAGUUGUGGGUGUGUAUUUCUGAAGAAUUUGAAGUAAAACUUAUUAUUCAAAAUAUAAUAGAGUAUGCAACUGGGGAGAAACCUGAAUCGUUCCUUCAAAUGGCUCUCUUGCAAACUAAACUUCGAAAGCUUGUGGAUGGAAAAAGAUAUUUGCUUGUGAUGGAUGAUGUGUGGAAUGAGGAUCGUGAAAAAUGGGAUACUUUGAAAAGAUUUCUAAUUGGUGGUACAAAGGGGAGUAAGAUUUUGAUCACAACACGUAGCCACCAAGUUGCAAAUACUUUUGAUCCAACUUCAUUGCAUCCUUUAGAAGAACUAAAUAACAACAACUCUUGGUUAUUGUUUCAAGAUAGGGAACUUUAUCAAAUUAUGGAACAAGGAGGCCUAAAAACCAUGCUAUCAAUACUUAAGCUUAGUUGUAACCACCUCCCUCCUAAUUUGAAGCAAUGUUUCCAGUAUUGUGCUUUGUUCCCCAAAGAUUUUGAGAUUCGAAAGGAUGAAGUAAUAAUGCAAGGGAUGGCACAAGGUUUCAUUCAACCAAAUGACAAAGAUAAGCUUGUUGAUAUUGGUGAAGAUUAUUUUAUGGAGCUAUUAUCAAAGUCAUUCUUUCAAGACGUCAAAAAAGAUGCAUUGGGAGACAUAAUUACAUGUAAGAUGCAUGACUUGAUGCAUGAUAUUGCUUGUUCAGAGAAUGAUAUGAAUGCCCCCACACUCAACAAAAGAACUCGUCAUGUUUCAUUGGACUUAACAUCAGGGGAAGAAUUGGAAAAACUUCCGAAAAAACUAUAUGAGACAAGAAAUUUGAGGACAUGUUUUCUGCAAUAUGAUCUAUAUAAUUCCAUCGGGAGCGAUAACAAUUUCAAUAAAAUAUUUUCAAGUGUCUUUUAUAAUCUUUUGAGAUUACGGACAUUGGGCUUGCAGUUGAUUAUUGACAACCAGAGUGUAAAGCUUCUUAAAUGCAUUAACAACUUGAAACAUUUGAGAUAUCUGAAAAUAGAGAUCAUUACCUAUACUAAAUUUUUUCUGAAUUCUAUUUCUGGAUUGUACAAUUUGGAAGUACUUAUCGUCAGAUGUACAGGGUUAAAAGAAUUUCCUAGAGAUAUAAAAAAUUUGACCAACCUUAAACAUCUUGAACUUAUUGGGAAUCCGAAUAUAGAAUUCUUUCCAAACUCUAUUAUUGAGUUGAAUAAUUUGGAAAGACUUUUCCUCCGGGGCUAUAAUAAGGUAAAAGAAUUGCCGCAAGAUAUCCAAAACUUGAUCCACCUUCAGCGUCUUGAUCUUGGUCGGAAUAGCAAUAUAGAAUUUCUCCCGGAUUCUAUUACUGAGUUGUAUGAAUUAAAAACACUCAUCCUUGAAGAAUGUACAAAAUUAAAAGAAUUGCCUAGAGAUGUCCAAAAUUUGAUUAAUCUUAGGCAUCUCGAUCUUUCAAAUACUGCUAUAGAAUUCCUUCCGAGUUCUAUUACUCAAUUAAAAAAUUUGGAAACACUUCUCCUUUAUCUUUGUGAUAAAUUAAAAGAAUUACCGGAAGAUACGAGAAACUUGAUCAACCUUAGGCAUCUUAGUAUAUGCGGAUGCAAGGCUUUGACUCAUAUGCCAAAAGGACUAGGUGAGCUGACUCAUCUUCAAAGAUUGGAUGUAUUUAUGUUAGGAAAGGAUAAUAAUGGUGGUGGAUUAAGAGAGUUGGAUGGACUUAACAAGUUAAGUGGAUUAUUAAAGAUUGAAGGAUUGCAAUUUUGUUCAACUGUUGAUCUACAAACGAACGCUAAGUUCUUGCAACGGAAGUCAGGUCUUCAAUAUUUGCAGUUAGAGUGGAACGACGAUUCAUUUAAUGAGCCUACAAUCGGUGCUUCGGACUAUGACUACGAAAGAGUUUUAGAAUGCCUACCGCCACAUUCAAAUCUUCAACAAAUAUGUAUACGGGGAUACAAAGGAGUAAAGUUAUGUAAUUGGCUAUCCUCUACCUCUUAUUCCUUUGGUGGUAUGAUCCACAUGGAAUUUUCAUCUUGUGAAAGAUUGCGGCACCUUCCUCAAUUUGAUCUAUUUCCUAAUCUCAAGGUCCUUUGUCUUCAUGACUUGCCCUCUAUCGAAUACAUUGUAGGCAACCAUAAUUAUCCUUGUUCAUCAACUUUCUUUCCAUCCCUCGAGACUUUUAUCAUUUCAGACAUGCCUAACUUGAAGAGAUGGUGGAGGAAGGGUCAAACCUCAACAAAAUCUGCUCAAAACCGUGUCUUGUUUCCUGUAGUAUUUCCUUGCCUCUCUGAAUUAAUCAUUUGGAAAUGUCCUCUGCUUGCUUCGGUUACAUGUGAUGCACCUAUGAAGUCAUUGGAAAUAAAUGAUGAAUUUGAUGUUGUAUCGUGGAAAAGUUUUCAAAGUCUCUCCAUUCUGCUUAUUUCCUCCGUUUCCCAAUGGGAGUUUUUGUCCAAUUGUUUGCAACAUGUGACCACUCUUCAACAGUUGGAUACAAAAGACUGUCCAAAUUUGACGAGUCUACCAGAAUCGAUUGGCAACCUCACAUCACUCUCAAAAUUGCUGUUGGUGCAUUGUCCAGAUUUAAUAAGUCUACCAGAAUCGAUCGGCAAUACAUCACUCUCAAAAUUGAGGAUUUCUAAUUGUCCAGAUUUAUCGAGUCUACCAGAAUCGAUGGGCAACCUUACCUCGCUUACAGAAUUGGAGAUUAGUUGUUGUCCAAAGAUAACUUCGUUGCCGGAAGGGAUUCGCCACCUCUACUGUUUACAAUCGUUGAAAAUUAUAUGCUCUCCCAUAUUAUUGAAUGAAAGGUGCAAUGAAGAAACAGAAGAAGAUUGGCCUAAAAUCCCCAAUGUAAACAUUUAUUGAAUCUAUAAAUCCUCCAAAGCCAUUACAAUUUAUGUCUCAUCGCACUCUAAAAGCAGCAGAUUUGUUAUGGCCAGAAGAGAUGUGCCACUGCCUUGAUCACCUUGACUCUCGAGCCCAUUCAAGGCCAACAAUUGCACACGAUUUCUCCAAAAUUGCCAAAUCUUUGGAAGAUUCACUAUUUGGCAUAAAUUCUUACACAAAAUGACCAAAUCAUUCAGGCAUAUGAAUAGCUAACUCCCUCUGUGCUUCCUUCAAAACUCACACACAAGUCCCACUGACAUAAAGAACCGAAGCCCAAAACUUGGAAAACAAAUUCCAAGAGUCAGAGAAUAGUCAACUUCAAAAUGAGUAAUGAUCCAUGUUGAUGCAGUAUUCCGUCGAGCUCCACAGGUCGGUCACGAGCUAACUAGAGCGAGCUACCGAUGUGCGACCUUUGAGACAAUGAGACCUGUAGAAGGAACAAACACUCUGGUGUCCAAGUUAGUGUGAACAUUUCUCGGAGCAUAAUAGCGCGUACCUGAAAUAUGGGGUGGAGUGUCCCCUUUUAUAGGCAGGUGGGGGAGACAAGGCUGUUGGAGCCGUUCCCACGGGCGGUUACGGUUGUCGGCCCCCAAGUCGAUUGUCUGAUUCUUCAGGUGCAUCCACGUGUCAAUUGCUAAAUUUCACCUCCAACGAUCGAAUUGUCUCCCCUGCAUGCUCCUCUCUUUUCUCAUAAAGUUAAGAACUUGUGCAAAUUGGGAUUUGAUAAUUUUGGUUAGGAUUUCAUUAUAUAAUUGUAGAUCAAUCUCUAAUAUUAGUGCUGGGGUUUCUAACAUUAAUGUUGCAGGAUGAGUUUGUUUUUAAUCAUAUCAAUGCUUUGCUGCUGAAUAUAGAUGGGAGAUAGAAGCCAAGAGUUGGAGGUGACAAAAAUUCAAGAUUUGUGUAUGGAUUGACAACCUCGCAUCACUCUCAUCACUGAUUAUUUGGGGUUGUAUAAACCUUCAUCAGUCGUUAGAGCUGCUGAUUUUUAUGGCCCCAACCACUGAAUCCUGGCGACCAGAACGGACGUGGCACCGCCUUGAUCCUGUGGAGAGAUGCAAGCAAAGAAUUUAGCUUAGUUUAUACACAAAAUUACCAAAAUAACCUCUUUGCUUC